GGUCAGCCCGGUCACGUCUGAGGUGGUGGUUGUACGCCCGUGGUGGUAGUGGUAUAACCACGCCCGCCUGGCUGCUGCCCGUUUCGCUGGGUCUUCUCUUUUGCCUCUGCUUCGCCUCGCUCCCUCCUUGCCAUCGCAUCGCAACUCCUCCCACGGUUGCUGUUCCCACGUCGCUCCCAGGCCACGGGCGUUAAAACCACGGGCGUCUAACCACCAUGGUGCCGUCCAUCUUCCGCAAGCGCCACGAGGCCGUGGACAUCACCCCGAUGCCCGGCCCUCUCGAGGCCGCCGCCGCCGCUUCCUCGGGCGUCGACACCCUCGAGCACCUCAAGCAAUUCGAAAAGGCCCACAAGCUCGAUCCCAACCUGCCCAUCGACGACCUCACCGAUGUUGACGCCGCCAUCGCUACCGGAAAUGCCGAGAAGGGCAUUGAGAUUGAGCACGCGCUCAUGGAGGACAACAGCCCGUAUCCCGAGGUUCGAGCCGUUGUCCGCAACUUCGAUGUCGACCUCCCGGCCAACACGAUUCGCGCCUGGGUUAUCGGCAUGGUCCUGUGCACCAUUGGCUCCGGUGUCAAUAUGAUCUUCUCAUUGCGCAACCCUAGCAUCACCAUCACCACCUACGUCGUCCAGCUCGUUGCCUACCCUCUCGGCCUAGGCUGGGAUUUGAUCAUGCCCGACCGCGAGUGGAAUUUGUUCGGCCUCAAGUUUAACCUCAAGCCCGGCAAGUUCAACUACAAGGAGCAUGUCGUAAUUGUGGCCAUGUCAAACGCUGCCUAUGGUGGUGGUGUUCUCUAUGCCACUGAUGUCUUGCUCGCCCAACAGCUCUUUUACGGCCAGCACUUUGGUUGGGUUUUCCAGCUUCUAUUCGGUAUUACCACCCUCUGCACCGGCUACGGCCUGGCAGGCAUGGCCCGUCGCUUCUUGGUGUGGCCUGCUGCUAUGAUUUGGCCUUCUGACCUCGUCAACUGCGCUCUGUUCUAUACCCUCCACGAUCACUCAGUCUCGGACCCCUCCAAGACCAACGGCUGGAAAGUUGGUCGGUACAAGUGGUUCCUGAUUGUUGGAUGCGCCGCCUUCGUGUGGUACUGGUUCCCCGGCUGGAUCUUCAAGGGUCUAUCCUACUUCACCUGGGUUUGCUGGAUUGCCCCCAAGAGCAUCACUGUUAACAAGAUUUUUGGUGGUCUCACUGGCUACGGCCUGAUGCCCACUUCAUUCGAUUGGACCGUGUACAGCGGAUACCUGGCGUCGCCUUUGAUCCCUCCCUUCUAUGCUACCGCCAACGUUCUCGCUGGAAUCGUCAUCUUCUUCGUCUGCGUUUCCAUGGGCAUUCACUUUUCUGGCACUUGGUAUGCCGACUACUUCCCCGUCCAGUCGUCCGAGUCCUAUGACAACACCGGCAACAUCUACAACGUUGCUCGAAUCCUGGACGAAAACUUCCAUUUUAACGAGACGGCGUAUAAGGAAUACUCGCCCUUGUUCCUCCCGACACAAUUUGCCAUGGCCUAUGGCCUCUCCUUUGCCGCUGUCACUGCUGUCGUCGUUCACGUUGCCCUCUACCACGGCCAGGAAAUCUGGAAGCAGUUUAAGCUCGCUCGCCACCAGGAAGACGAUGUUCAUAUGCGCUUGAUGAAGAAAUACCGUGAUGUGGAGGAUUGGUGGUACGCGGCUCUUUUUAUCUCCAUGAUGGCUAUUUCGUUUGGCGUUGUUGCAGGCUAUCCUACCGGAUUACCUGCCUGGGCCUUCGCCGUCUGCAUGUUGAUCCCCAUUUUCUGGCUUAUCCCGAUCGGUCUCGUUCAGGCCAUCACCAAUAUCCAGCUCGGCCUCAACGUCCUUACAGAAUUCAUCAUUGGAUACAUGGUCCCAGGACGCCCCGUGGCUAUGAUGUUGUUCAAGAACUACGGUUAUAUCUGCAUGACCCAGGCCCUCUACUUUGCCCAGGACCUCAAGCUCGGCCAUUACAUGAAGGUCCCGCCGCGAGUCAUGUUCUUCUCUCAGCUGACUGCCUCCAUAUGGUCUGCCAUCGUUCAGAUCUGUGUUAUGAACUGGGCCCUUGGUCACAUCCCCGAUGUGUGCUCGCUUGACCAGGAGAACAAUUACACUUGCCCCGGCCCCCGAGUUUUCUACACGGCUUCAGUCAUUUGGGGAGCCAUCGGUCCCGCCCGAAUCUUCAGUGGCAGCGCCAUCUACUCCUCGCUCCAGUGGUUCUGGCUUGUUGGUGCCGUUACUCCCAUCAUCACCUGGCUCCUCGCCCGCAAGUGGCCCCGCUCUAUCUGGCGCUAUGUGUGCACUCCUCUCAUCUACGGUGGCUCCAACAUGCUGCCUCCAGCCAGCGUCUACAUCUAUCUCUGCUGGGCUACAGUUGGCACCGUCUUUAAUUACUACAUUAAGCGACGUUACACUGGAUGGUGGCUACAGUACAACUACAUCACCUCGGCCGCGUUAGACUGCGGCCUGAUUUUGUCAACCAUUGUCAUCUUCUUCACUCUGUAUAUGACAAGUGCUGCAGACCCCAACUGGUGGGGCAACAGAGGCGCCUUGGACACACUUGACCUGCUAGGAAAGGCGGUCAAGCUCAAGGUUCCAGAAGGACAGACUAUUGGACCUACAGAAUGGCCUUGAGCUAGAAUGCUUCGGAGUUGUGUUAUUUGGGAUGAGGUUAUAUGCGGCGGAGCUAAAGAAGUUGCGGAUUAUGUUUUGGAAAGCGGGUCUCUCUGUACAUAUUUAUAUGAACCGGUCGUGGCGUCAUGGGACAGGUUGUAAUUUUGGCUGGUUUGGUAAUUCGAGAUACCUCAAUAAUGAUUCAUGUUUCUGGACUCUAUUCACAUGUCCCAGGUGAGGUGAGAGAGAUGGCUGAAACUAGUGGUUGUGAAAGAUGGAAUAUCUUGAUAGCGAUACCGUGUAGAAAAUUUAUAACGUAGGGAGAAUGCUUGAAUGGACCAAUGCC